AUGUCGGCGAGUUGGCCACACGGACGGGGCAAGGGACCGAUGACACGUGGCAUGAGACCAGAUGGAUUUGCUGGAAUCGAGGAACCGGUAAAUGAUACUACUGCACAAAGAGAGGGUAGGACAUACAAACGUAAGGUUACUGGAUCUACACGACGGGGCGAUCGUAAUUUGCGACCGAGGGAGCCAGAGGCACAAACCGAUGAGGAUGAUGAUGAUUCACAUGUAGGUUUCGAGGGUCAGUAUGUUUAUCAUGUGCCAGAUUUUGGAUUAGAUGAGGAUGAUGAUGUUGGUAAUACUGAUUCCGCAUCCAUGACUAAUUGUGUUGCUGCUACUUCAUCUGGUGGUGCUACUCAUCGUCGGGGUAGUACUUCGUCCGAUACUGCUACUCGUCCGUGGAAGUUGGCUGGUCCGGCACCUGGUGGACCUACUGACUAUAAAUUGAUACCGAGUUUCGGAGCGCACGUCGCCUAUGACAUUUGGGAGGGAAAGGCGCGAUCUAUGGUUAAAUUGCAAUCCCGUACGAAAGCGGUGACUGGUUGGCGUGGGCCAACAGAUGCUCGGUCUGUUGCAUUGUUGGAGGGUACUGGUUUGUACCAAUUGCAGCAUUGUGUACUCCCUCAACACAAUAACCCCCUGAUUGAGGCAUUCAUUGAAAGGUGGCAGCCGGACACAAAUACGUUUCACAUGCCUUUUGGGGAGAUGACGAUUACACUCCAUGAUGUGCAUUAUAUCAUGGGGUUGCGAGUUAGUGGACAUCGUCCUUACACUGAUAUGCAGAAGAGCUUGGUGAUUGAAUUUGGCUCGAGGAUAUUCGAUCUUGACAUUCUCAAGAUAGAGAGUUGGUGGCACAAUGGCGGCCCCCGAUUAGAGGACUUGCAGGAGCUAUACGGAGAUCAUUCAUCAGCUUCGUCAGAGUGUAAGGUGCGAGCAUACAUCAUUUACUUGUUGGGAUCGACUUUAUUUGUCAAUAAGAGCGGUGCUAGAGUGAAGCCAGAUUUUUGCCCACUUAUAGAGGACAUCGAGCAAAUUAGAGAGUACUCGUGGGGCUCCGGUACAUUGGCAAAUCUAUAUCGACAGUUGGGUAUGGCUUCACGAGUUGAGGCGAAACAGAUUUCCGGAUGUCUGACACAGUUAGAGUGUUGGAUAUACGAGUAUUUUCCGAGUUUUCGACCUCCGACGGUUAAAGCACACGUUAUAGGAGAGCCAUGGUGCAUGAGGUGGCAUAUAUCAGACGUGGUUCGAAAGGAUAGCAGUCGAUUACUUGAGUAUCGUCGGAUGCUUGAUCAUUUACGUGCAACCGAUGUUUAUUGGACUCCGUUUGGUCCGAAUGUGGCACGUGAUGUCGAGAAGACACUCCAUCAUGGUACUAUCAGGUUCAUGGAUACGAUCGAGCCUUACAUGUGCGAUAGAGUCUUGCGCCAAUUCGGCUUUCGACAGAUUAUUCCCGCGUCCCCUAUUCAACCGAUGCGUGGUUCUAAGAGGGAAAGAAAAAUUGUUUCGUAUAAAGUACGUUACGAGUCCAAUGAUUAUGCAUGGAGUAUCCCAAACGUGCACAGACUUGAGCAGACUUACUACGGUCAUAGGGCAGAUCCAGCUUGGGAGGUUGCUACAGAUUACAUGGAUUGGUAUAUACCUCGUACUCACCUUCGUGUAGAUCCCAGUACUGGUUUAUUGGAGAGAGCAGAACCAUCUCUAGUUCCAUUCGUGUACGAUAUCACACGAUUGUUGCAUCCGUACUACUACGAUCACUUGCCACCAUCCCGUAUUCCAGGAUAUCAUAUGGUACCAGAUGAUGUCUUUAGACAGGUUCAGGAUCUGUGCACGCCAUUUUCUGAUUAUUUACAGUUGCAGCCACCCGAUAUUCCCGAUGAUGAUAUGGAUGCUGAGCAUGAUACUGGACCGUCACGUAUGCCAUAUUCCCAGAGCAGGCGGCAGAGGAGGGACUAG